AUGAAGUUCCUCGGAGGUCUUACCGCGCUUCUCCUCCCUCUCGGAGCCCUUGCUAGCACGGGCUACUAUUGCGAAAACACACCCCACGUCGGUGCUGUGGCGCCCACCUAUAAAUGCGGAAAGCACUGCGGGCUGGACAACUAUAACACCCAAUUCUCGACCUACCACUGCUGGGUGGAUGGUGAUGGUGCCAAGUCCUGCUUCAAGAAGUGUUGCAAGGAUGCGGGCAGGGAGGCUCCAGAGUCGCGGCAGACCAUGCCGAUAUCGAACCUGCAUGAAGGGGAAGCUAUCAAUAUGCACCUUGGCGAUCACGAUCAACAGGAUGAGUUUCAGCCUUUUCUUAUGAGUGAAGAAUCUGGCCAACGAGAGGGGCUUCUCCGGCGAGUUCUAAGGCAACUUUCACGAUCGUGGCGCAAGGCACAGGCGUUGAUCACCUCUGAGCAUGGCGUCAGUAUCUUCAAGUGCAGCCUUGCGUAUUUACUCGCAUCCCUAGCGGUGUUUAUUCCAUUUAUUGGAAAACUUCUGGGUCAGCAAUAUGGCAAACAUCUAGUAGCGACCAUCACCAUUUACUUCCACCCAGCGAGAUCGCAGGGCAGCAUGUACAAGGCGCUGAUAUGCGCCUUCGUCGCAUUUCUUUUUGCGACGUUCCUGUCAUUGUCUAGCAUGUGGGUGACCAUUGUCUUCCAUAGAAAGCAUGACUUGAUUGAAAUAGGGCAUGCUGUGGUUCUGGUCGUCUUCGUCCUGGGUGGUUUCGGGUUCAUCGGAUGGAUUAAACAGAGACUGCAAGACCCGCUUGUGAAUGUCGCAUGCUCUUUGGCUUCUUUGGCCUCGAUUCUGGUCAUCACCAAAGAAGGUGCUAUACAAACAGGUGAUCUUUCCUUCACAAAAAUCUCCCAGAUACUCAGGAUGCUGCUUUUGGGUAUUGGUGUCUCAACGGCCGUAUCUUUGUCGAUAAUGCCCGUUUCUGCCCGGAAUAAAUUUCGUGGAGACUUUUCUACCUUGAUGGGUACAACUUCAAUGAUGUUGAUGAGUCUUACGGAGAGCUUUCUGCGCGGUACAGACCGGGAACUCAAAACAGCCGACUUCUCCCAUCUAUCUUCACAUCACGACAAAACCUUCGGCCACUUGAAGCAGCUACUAAGCGAGACAAAGCUCGAGCACUAUGUCGCUGGGACGAACCGAGAUGUCGGCUCACCAACAGAUACACAAGAUGUCGACAAUGAAUCGUCAAGUUCGACUUCACAAACUAGACAACAGUCCUCUUCGGUUCAAUCUCCUGCUGAAAUCUUCCAACAACUAACAUCUCGUCUCGAGAUGUCUAUCCUAUCGCUUGCUGUUGCCCUGAAAGAAACAUUCGGAGAAGCUUCUUUCGGACCCGCACCCGAUCGUCGUCUUUCAAUAAGUGAAGGAGUGGUUUCCCGCAUCAAUGAAGCAAUAGACUUAUACGAAGAAUCUCGACGUGCUGCGUUUCAUUCGCUUCGACGAGAUUGGCAGAUGAUAUCUCCAGCUCAGGUGGAUAAAGCGAGCCUUGAAGAAAUCUUCGCCAAUUGCGAAUAUUUCUCCGUUGGUUUACUCAAGCUGAGCGAGCAGCUGCGAUCCCUGUUGUUGGUGUUGGAGGAUCUGCAGCUUGAGGUUGAUGAAAGACCUGCCGGAAAGUCUUGGAGCUGGCUCCGUCUUUCGUGGUGGCCGGCUCGUCGGGAUGAAGUCAUACGAGGUUCAGAUGAAGCGCCUUUGUCGGGACGCCACCGUGCCGUCGACGCCCGAAGCUCUUUACAAGCGCUUAAUACAAGUGGUCAGCCGCAAGGCCCAUAUCGAGGACGAACACAUCACCAAGGAGGGAAGAAGGAUCCUGUGAGAGUGUUUGAUUUCCUACGAAAGGAUGAGAUUAAGUUUGCUCUGAAAGUAGGCAUUGGAGCGGCGAUUUAUGCCUUGCCCUCCUUCAUAUCCGUGACCAGACCACUUUAUCUAUCGUGGAGGGGAGAAUGGGGCCUCAUCUCGUACAUGUUGGUAUGCUCCAUGACCAUCGGGGCGUCAAAUACCGCCGGAUUUGCUCGCUUUCUCGGUACAUGCCUUGGGGGUCUUUGUUCACUCGGUGCUUGGUACCUUGCAGGAGGUGAUGCUUUUAAGCUCAUACUUACGGGCCUUGUCAUGGGGAUCGGACCCUUCUACUUGAUUAUUGUCAAGGGGCAAGGGCCUAUGGGUCGAUUCAUCCUACUAACCUACAACCUCUCUGUACUUUACGCUUUCUCACAGUCGCAAAUUGAUGCUGAUGAUGACGCCGAGCAUCUCGAUAUCACUUCGAUCGUUCUCCGCCGAGUCGUCUCCGUCAUUGCUGGCAAUGUUUGGGGCAUCAUAAUUACGCGAGGCAUAUGGCCCAUUCGCGCACGAACGAAGCUUGAUGAAACCCUGCAAUUGCUGUGGCUCAGAUUGGCAUUCAUUUGGGAAUCAGACCCGUUAAAUACAAUAUCCACGGAUGAGGCAAACAUGCCUAUUCUUUAUAUGAACGAUCAUGACAAAGCCGAGGUUGAACACCUUCUCUCUCAGCUUGACCCCAUGCAAGCAUCCGCGCGUUCUGAAAUCGAAUUGAAAGAACCGUUUCCAGAUUCUGCAUAUGGUAGCGUGAUUCGCCGGACAAGAGAUAUUGUGGACAACUUUCAUUCCAUGGACCUGGUUCUAUCUGGGAUGGGUGCACCCUCGGAAGGGCAGCUUUCGCUUCUGCAACAUACUACCACUGCUAGACAGAGAAUGUCUGAUUGCAUCGCCAAUUUACUAACCACUAUAGCAGCGGCUGUUGAGGUUGGACAUACCUUCAGCGAUUUUCCUACGAAUGUUGACCGUCCCCGUGAUGAACUUCUGGCACAUAUUUCUCGAUAUCGUCAAGAUAAACGCGUGUCUGACUCGACAAAUGAUGAAGACUAUGUCUUGCUUUACGCUUAUAUCAUUAUGAGCCGUCAGUUGUCGAAUGAGGUGAUUCAAAUCACCACGGAGCUGGCUCACAUCUUCCCGGCCCCGGAUGGAGAUCUAAUUGAGCUUUUCGGUCGUGCGAUGUCCUUUUGGUUCAAGUUCCCAGAGCUGACAUUCCAAGCACUGCCAUCUGUGUCUGAAUCCUCGGAUUUUCCUGAAAUGCUUCUCGCUCGUAUGCCGCCUCCUCAGAUUACCCGCCUCCUUUCCCUUUACACCGCGAAUAAUUGCUUCUGCUACUUUGCAAGUGACCAUCUGGCAGUUGUCGAGUACAAUGUUGUACUUUUGACCGGACUGGUUCACUAUAUGAGUAACAAGUAA